CUCCAACGUGGCCAGAAUCAAAGUUCCCGAACUAUUUAUAUAUAGGUCCCGCCCCGGCCUAUAUAUGUAUAUAUAGGUCUGGAGCGGUAUAGGUCUGGCGAGCUGGGCAGAAAGAAACUCAGAAGCAGUGUGUGCGGCAGAUAUCCCCUUUGAUAGUGAGUCAUGGUAGCGCCUAUGAAGGGCCAAGUGUGUGUGGUAACUGGUGCCUCCAGGGGUAUUGGCCGUGGCAUUGCCUUACAGCUGUGCAAAGCAGGUGCCACAGUUUACAUUACCGGCCGUCAUCUGGACACCCUUAAAGCUACUGCCCAAGAGGCACAGGCUCUCGGGGGCCGGUGUGUACCAGUGGUGUGCGAUUCAAGCCAGGAGAGUGAAGUGAAAAGCCUGUUUGAGCAAGUAGAUCGCGAACAGCAGGGCCAGCUAGAUGUUCUGGUCAAUAAUGCCUAUGCUGGUGUCCAGGCAAUCCUGAAUACCAAUAACAAGUCAUUCUGGGAAGUGCCUGCCUCCAUUUGGGAUGAUAUUAACAAUGUUGGACUCAGAGGCCACUACUUGUGCUCUGUGUAUGGGGCACGACUGAUGGUGCCAGCUGGCAAAGGACUCAUCGUGGUUGUCUCCUCCCCCGGGGGGCUGCAGCAUAUGUUCAAUGUCCCUUAUGGUGUGGGCAAAGCUGCGUGUGACAGAUUAGCUGCUGACUGUGCCCAUGAGCUACGGCGCCAUGGCGUCAGCUAUGUAUCUCUGUGGCCAGGGAUGGUGCAGACAGAACUGCUGAAGGAGUUCAUGGCGAAAGAGGAGCAACCUGAGGAUCCUAUGUUUAAGAAGAUUAAAUCAGCUUUCUCAUCGGCCGAAAGCACAGAAAUGAGUGGCAAGUGCGUGGUGGCCUUGGCGACAGACCCCAACAUCCUGAACUUGAGUGGGAAGAUCCUGCCAUCCUGUGACCUUGCUCGGCGCUACGGCCUUCGGGAUGUGGAUGGCCGCCCUGUCCAGGACUACUUUUCUCUGGGCUAUGCCCUCGCACAUGUCUCCAACCUGGGAUGGCUGGCCUCCUACUUGCCUAGCUUCCUCCGUGUGCCCAAGUGGGUUAUCGCCCUCUACACCAGCAAAUUCUAACCUCCUCACCUGCUAGCCCAGCCCUUCCAGAACCUCUUCUCAUUGAGGCUUGGGGGAGGGGGGGCUGCCUCAGUGGAACAAAAUAGCCUUCUCACACACCCAUGUCCUUCUUAAGAAAAGAAGGUGGCUGCCAGGCAUCCGGUGAGUUCUGGGGGCUCUGAGAGGUUCCUUGUGUCUUGGUUUUCCCUGUCUCUACAGCUCAGUAUUUUGUUUCAGUAUUUAAAAGUGCUUAUAAAUAGAAGCUAAUAAAGGUCUUGUCUCCCCUUCAAUAA